AUGACGACUGGUCAAAACGACUUCUAUUAUUCGAACAAAUACGAAGACGACGAGUACGAGUACAGGCACGUGCAUGUUACCAAGGAAGUCGCGAAGCUAAUACCGAAAAAUCGCCUCAUGUCUGAAACGGAAUGGCGAAGUCUUGGAAUUCAGCAGUCACCCGGUUGGGUUCACUAUAUGAUCCACGGUCCGGAACGGCACGUUCUUCUGUUUCGUCGUCCACUGCCGAAUAAAAACGUUGCAGGAAAGAACGCAGCCCAAGCGCAAGUAGGUGUUUCACAUCUUUAUUGA